GCCGCCUGGCCAGCCUUGCUCGCUCCAGCAGGGUUGGGCCGCUUCCCCUCAGCUCCUUGAGGGCGGCCGCGGCGGUGACGGUAGCGCUGCAAGUUUUGACGUUUCGGACGCGGAGGCGCGCGCCUGCACUCCCCGGCCGACGGCUGUGGAGGCGGCUGACCCUCGAGGGCCCCUCAGCCGCGCCCCGGCGCUCCCGCCGCCCAGAGUCGGGCGGCCACGAGGCCCGGCCGCGUCCUCCUGCGCUCUCCAGCCCGGCGGCUGCAGCCAUGUCGCGGGGGCCGGAGGAGGUGAACCGGCUCACGGAGAGCACCUACCGGAAUGUUAUGGAACAGUUCAAUCCUGGGCUACGAAAUUUAAUAAACCUAGGAAAAAAUUAUGAAAAAGCUGUUAAUGCUAUGAUUCUGGCGGGAAAAGCCUACUACGAUGGAGUGGCCAAGAUCGGUGAGAUUGCCACCGGGUCCCCUGUGUCGACAGAGCUGGGCCACGUUCUCAUAGAGAUUUCGAGUAUCCACAAGAAACUCAACGAGAGCCUUGAUGAAAAUUUCAGAAAAUUCCAUAAGGAGAUUAUCCGUGAGCUGGAGAAGAAGACGGAACUUGAUGUAAAAUAUAUGAACGCGACUCUCAAAAGAUACCAAGCAGAACACAGGAAUAAAUUAGAUUCUUUGGAGAAAUCUCAAGCUGAAUUGAAGAAGAUCAGAAGGAAAAGUCAAGGAGGACGAAAUGCAGUCAAAUAUGAAUACAAGGAGAUUGAGUAUGUAGAAACCAUUACUUCUCGCCAGAAUGAAAUCCAGAAAUUUAUUGCAGAUGGUUGCAAAGAAGCUCUACUUGAAGAGAAAAGGCGCUUCUGCUUCCUAGUUGACAAACACUGCAGCUUCGCAAAUCACAUUCAUCAGUAUCACUUACAGUCUGCAGAAUUGAUCAAUUCCAAACUGCCUAAGUGGCAAGAAACAUGUGGUGAUGCCACCAAAGUACCAGAGAAAAUCAUGAAUAUGAUCGAAGAAAUUAAGACCCCAAUCUCUACCCCAAUGUCUGGAACGCCUCUGCCUUCACCCAUGAUCGAGAGAAGCAGCAUGGUUGGGCGAGAUUAUGACACCCUUUCUAAAUAUUCACCAAAGAUCCCCUCGGCUCCUUCAGCCAGAGCGUCAACGAGCCCUUUGAUUGAUAUGUUUAAUAACCCAGCCACAGUCGCACAGAAUUCAGAAAGAAAAUAUAAUUCAACAGGUUCUUCAGAUGACCCCAGUUUACAGCGGUCGGUUUCUGUUGCCACCGGACUGAACAGGGUAAAAAAGCAGAAAGUGAAAACCAUCUUUCCGCACACGGCCGGCGCUAACCAGACCUUACUUAGCUUCGCGCAGGGAGAUGUCAUCACGCUGCUCAUCUCCGAGGAGAAGGACGGCUGGCUGUACGGAGAGCAUGAGGACACCAAAGUGAGGGGUUGGUUCCCGUCGUCAUACACAAAGUUGCUGGAGGAAAACGAGAAGGAGACCGUGAGCGUGCCCGGGCCAAGCUUGAUAUCAGUACGAAGCGUGAGCACGAUGAACUUGUCUGAGAAAAGCAGCGUCGUCAUUCCCCCGCCGGAUUACUUAGAAUGUUCAUCCACGGGGGCGGCUGCAGAAAAGAAAGGAGUUGUUUCCCAAAACGCUUCUACCUUUAAAGCACCAGUGUCCAAACCAGAAACCACGUCUCCUAAUGACGCCAAUGGGUUUGCAAAGCCUCCUUUUCUCAGCGGAGAAAAUCCCUUUGCUACUGUGAAACUCCGACCAACGGUGACAAACGAUCGCUCAGCACCAGUCAUUCGAUGAAGAGGUGGCCCCAGAUUCUUCUGGUUCCCCGUUCGGUUCUCGCUUGGGAAAUGAUAGGUAUACGUGUGUGAUAAGUGCUGUCCUGUUGUAAAGCUUCACCGGAGGGUGCCUGAUUUUACAUGUAUUCCACUUGAGCAAAUCAGUGCAUUUUCUAAUUUAACAUAGUUGGGUUUACACAUUUCUGUCUUUAAGAUAAAUCCGUCAUAGUUUAGAUACAACUCAAUCAUUUAAAGUAUUUUCUUCCUGUUCUGUUCAAGAACUGUAAAUUUGGUUCCAAUCCUAUUGUAUCAUUUUUUUUUAAUAUUCUAUGAUCUUUUUUUUUAAUAGCCAGAAUAAGGGAUAGUUGAUGCUUUUGUGACUGGCUUUCUGCACCUGAAUGCAAAUAAGAUCAGUUUUAUUUUAUAAAGCAUGUGCUCUUAAAUAGCAUUACGAUGUUUAAAGAAAACACUGUGUAAAUUUGCAUCCCAGCAUGCAAAUAAUCUUAAGCAAUAUAAAUUAUGAGAAUAUUACAUAAAAUUUAAUUUUUUAACUUAAAAACUUUAAAAUGUUUGCUUAGUCAAAUGCAGCCCUACCCAAGAUGAAGCAUCCCGCAAGUUCUCGCGAUUUAGACACAUCGCUAGAGCACUGAGAAUUCACCUGUCCCUAACACAGCCACGAUAUUAGCACUUGAAUAAUUUCUAAGAGGUACUGAAUUUGGCGUUCUGAGUUACCAACUGGAAUGACCAAUGAAAACAUGCCAGGCCAUGCCACACGCGGGCCUGGCUCACAGGGUAACACAUGCAUCUGGGGACUCCGUGUGUAGAAACCCAGGGUCCUCUCGCUAAGCUAGUUGACCAAAGCUGCCUCCAUCACUAAUUUACUCUGAAACCUCUUGGGGUGCAAGUUUCUCCACUUCUCAGUCAGGUGCUGAAACUGCCAACAGCGCUGCUGAAGCCAGGAGGACCUCUGGGAGCCAGGGGAGGGUAGUGGGAGGCUGCAUUUCGGCUGAGCCCCACCCUGGCACACCCAGAACCUGGGCUUCUGCAGCAGCGAGGCGAGCCAGUGGCAGGGUUUAUCUCUGGCUGUCAGGGACUACGCCCAAUUUGGAGGGGUGGAGAGUGGUGAUGAAAACUCACACGCAGGCCAUCCACUGUAUGGGGGCAGGGGAGGGGGGCUUGUUGCUGACCACAGCUUUUCGCUUUGCCAUGAAUAUUUUUCUUCUAUAAGCUUGAAAUUGGUCAAGGUCAAAUGCAGGUAAACCAGUGUAAGCGUGUGACGCUUUGGGUUCUUGGUCCCGUCUUCCUCCUGGCUGGUCGGCUAUGACCCCUUGGUGGUGGGGGUCUGGGACUGUGUGAGGGCUCCCAGGACCCGCAGACUAAGGGCAUCUGUCAAGCAGCACACUUGUCUUUUGAGAGCAGACCCUUCCACCAGCCAAGAAAACACAAUCAAAUUAGUCACAUGGCCCAUUGCUCCUCUCACCGUUUAAUAGGAGUAGGGUUCACAGAAGCCCUUUAUUUUCAACAGUGUGGAGGGAGUGAGGUGUAGAAGCUUGUUAAUAAGGGAGAAGGGGCAGGGGGUGUCACACCGUGGCCCCGGCCCCCAGAGCUCCGCUGCUGGGGGUCUUCUGGCUGUGUUAGGCUAGGUUACAGGGAUGGCACAGGUCCUGGGAUUAUCAGAUGCCACUUGCAGGCCCACCUGGCUCACCCAGACCCUCUACACCUCCACAGAAGGGACGACAGCCGUCACUUACCUGCGUCACACAGCAUGGGAGGCCUUGCCUUAGGUCCUGGGCACUGGGGUGCGUGCUCUGUAAAUGUCAAGGUAUUAGGUUUCAUUAUAAUAAUACAAACUUGAAAACAAGCACAUUUUUUGAGCUGUAAACGCCUACUGAGGAAUAACAGAAGGUCGGCAUGAACUGGAUAAUGUUGAAGCUGGGUUAGGAGAGGUAACGCUCUUCUCUAUUUUGUAUAUGUUUGAAGUUUUCGUAACAACAAAACUUGAUUUCUGUAAGUGGCAGUGUGCAAACACUGAAUAAGCAAAACCAGGUAAACAAUGGUAUGGAUCUCAUUUAUUUAAAACAGUAUUUCUCACCUUUCUCAAACUGAA